AUGAGAGCUCAAGAUUUUAAAAUUGGUGAGUCUUGCUCAUAUUUUGAUAAAAGGACAUAUUGCAUAGACUCAAUAAAAGAAAUGAAUGAUAAACUAAUUGAAGAAGAUUUAUUUAUUUCUAAACUGGAUAAGUAUAAUGUAGAUUUUAUUCCAUUAAAGCUAUCAUUUUAUUUUAAGAAAUAAAUUGUAUUCGAUGGAGAUAAAGACAUAUAUGAUGAUUUUGUGUUAUAUUCUUCUAGCUUUAUUUCUUUUAAAAGAUGUUCUGCUCAAUUGGUUUUGAAUACUAUUCUUUAAGGCAACUUUGUAUCUCUCAGAAUUAUUAAAAUAGAGGAGUGUUCAAUAAGCGAUCCCGAUUUUCUUCAGAUAACUCAAAAGCUUGAUUAUUAUCAUGGAGUUAGCACAAAUGAUAAUAAUGCAAACAAACUUAGAGAUCAUUAAUUAGAACACAAGAACUCUUUUACAUUUAAUGAUGUUGAAAUUAACAUAAAGAAAUGCUAAUACCUGACAACUGCUUUAUUUGAUUAUCUAAAAAAUUGGGAUAACAAUUCAUUCACUGAUGAAAAUAAUAGAAAACUAGGAUGCGCAUUUUCUAUCAAUUUUAUGGGAAUUCUUAGAUCUACAACUUUAUUAUAAUUUUCAACAUCUUAAUUUUUCAAGUAAUUGAGAAAACUGAAAUUGAAAAAUCACCCUCAGUACAAUAAUAGUCCUGUUUUACUAGAACUACUUCUCUCUUCGCGCAAUUUUACAAAAAGGACCUAAGCAGCUAUUAGCUAUCAAUAAAAAAAGUAAAAUAGGAAUAAUGGUGAUAGCGAUGAUGAAGAAGAAGAAGAAAUUGAAGACGAAGACAUGUAGCUCCAUUCUGAUGCCUUACCAGAUGACGGGAAAGAAACUGAUUAAAUACGCAGUAAUUUGGAAAGACUCUCAUUUGAUUACUCUGUCUGCCAAAACUUUGAUGAUUUACCAUUAAAUUCUGACUACUUUAACAACUUAAAAUCUAUUUCAUAUGAUGCAGCUCAUAAAUCAAAGAAAGGAGAGAGUACCAAUGAGAAAGAUAAAACAAAAGAUAUGGUAUAAAUCACAUUCUAAAAUAUGUUUCCAUAUUCCUUGCAAAACCUGUAAAUGUUAAAGCUCAAAUUUUGCUCUCUAUAAUAUAAGUUCUUUUCUAAUAUUGAAUACAUGAAAUGCUUGCAAAAUUUAUAAAUUCUAAACUUCUCUUAUUGCUUUUUAGAUAUGUACGAGUUUUCUAAUUUUAUAAUCAACUCUGGAUUAAAGAAUUUGAAGUCUUUGAUUUUAAGGGCAACUAAUGUUGAUGACAAUUUUUGUUCUGUCGUUUCUGAUAUCACCAUUGUUUCUUUUUAACUAGAAGAAAUUGAUGUUUCAAAAACAAAAGGUGUUUCUCUAAAAGGAGUUAAGUACUUAACAAUGAUUGAUUCUUUAAAAUGCCUUAACAUUAAAGAAAAAGAAAAUAUUAACUGCUAGCUAUCAACUUUUUUAAUCGAUUUAUUGGAAAGAAAGAGAUUCUUAUAUGUGAAAUCAGUAUUAGAAGAUAUAGAAAUCAAUAAGAAUAUAAAUUUAUGCGAGGAGAGAUUAAAAGAAAUAGAAAAAAACGAAGAAUUGCUCAACAAAAAAGCAAAUUAAUUCACAAGAAAUGCUUUCACUUCGAACAAUAUAUAUGAUGAGCAAUAAAACGAGAUAUCAGAAUAAGGACGCUUUUAAUUUGCAUAUUCUGGGUAAGAAAGAGAAGAGGAUUAAAACUAAGAUGAAGAUUAAAUUAUAGAAAAAUCAGAUGGUGAGUAGACAAGAAAAAAUGCAGAAGCUUAAAAAUUACAGUAGUAAAAAUAGUAAGAAAGUAAAUUUGAGAUUAGCUAAUAAGAUAUUUAAAAAAAUAAUAAUAUUAAACACCCUCGAUAUGAUUUGCUUAUGUCCUACACACAUAAGUGUCCAUAAAUAGUACAUAUGGAUUUUUCUGGCUGUGAAAAUGUAACUACUCCUUUUUUUGAAGACUUAUAUAGACAUAGACUUUUAAACCGCUUGACUUAUUUAAAUCUUAAAGGCACUAAAGUAGAUAAUAAUUUAAUAGAUAUAUUUAAGUAAUCAUGCAUUCAAAAGAGUGAAGGAGUUUAAGAGUAUUGGGUAAGUCAUUCUUUUAAAUAAUAUGAGCCCAUAUACGAAAAUCAAAUACUUGAAGUUUGUGAUAAUCAAUUUAUUCAUGAUAGCAUAAAGUUUUUUUCACUUAGAGAUUGUAAAGUGAUUCGAGGUUUUAAGAUUGUCUUUUUAUUCAAAUCUAUUCCUCUUCUAAGUUUACAAGAAAUUGAUUUAAGUAACUGUAAUGUAUUUGAUAAUACAUUAAUUUAAUUAGCUGAUGAAGCAAAAGAAAAGUACCCAAAUUUAACAAAAAUUAAAUUGGCUUAAGUAAAGUCUUCUCCUGUUGGUAUUAAAGCUCUACGUAAAUUGCCUGCAAAUAAAAUAGUAUACUUAGAUUUAAGAUCAACAAAUUUCGAUGAUGAAAAUUCUCUUAUGUUCUUUAGUGAUCCUCACAACAAGCUCUUAAGAACACUCUAGUUUUUAGUAGUUAAAGAUUGUAAACAGCUGACAACUACUGGAUUGCAAGCAAUGGUAGAUGGUCUCGCAGGGUUGGAUAGAGCUGAAAUAUAUAAUUUAAGAUUUAACGUCAGCGAAUAGGAGAAGUUAGAAUAUUAGCAGAGGACUUAAGAAAAAUAAAAGCAACAGUAAGAAGAGCUGAAAGCUCGAAUUCAAAAUUUAUAGGAUUAAAUCAAAUAGUUAGAAAAGCAAAAUAAAAAAAGAAAGAAGCACAAAGGUGAAGUGUAUCCAUCUGAUAAAAAAGAUAAGCUGUAAAAAGAGCUAGAUGAUAUACUUAAGAAAAAAAAUAAACAAAAAGUUAGAAUUAUUUGUGAAACUUUUGAUGUAUUUGGACUCCUCUAGGACUGUUAUUAGUUAGUAACAGAUGAUUUAUUUACUAAUUUCUUACAAAAACUUGGUCAUGUUUGUAAAAACAUUUUUGAAUUAAAUUUAAAUAAAAUGGGAAGACUCACGCUUAAUGAUUUCGAAUUUACAGGAAGUUCAUAAGGUAACGAAGAAAUUGAUAGCGAAAUCUUUAAGAAUUUAGAAAUUAUGAAUAUAAACGAAACAAGGAUUACCACUAACUUUGUAAGAAAGUUCUUUAGUUUCUGGAUAAAUUCAAAUUAAGAUAAGAAAAAUGAGUUAAAAAUGAAAAAUUUCAUGAUCCUGAGAUGCCAAAAGGCGUAUUUCGUUAAUCCAUCUUGCCUAGAUGUUUUUAAAAAUUAGAAGCAUUUGAGAAAUAUUCUGAGUAAAACUCAUUUUAAGCUAGAACUUCUUUUGAAUGAAUUAGGUUUAAAAAUCAUGGAUGAGAAUUUAGCAUUUUUAGAAGGUUUAAAGGUUUCAGAAACCAGAUUUGUGAGCAUAAAUAUCAAAGAGCUUAAUUUGGAAAAUAACUAAUAUAUUUCUUAAUAAGGGUUUACUACCAUUUUAAAAUCAGGAUGGAUGAAAUAUAUACUUCGUUUGAAUGUUAGAAAUACCUAAUUUGGAAAUACUCAGCUUGAACAGAUGAGUCAAAUGAUGAAAGAUAAAAAGAGUCAAAAACAAUUUGUUAAACUUUAAUACAUUGGAAUGAGAGGAUGUGUUUAAGUAAGCAGAAAAGGAUUAAUGUUGCUGUGCUAAAUGGAUAAAUUGAAUGAAGAAUUUGACUUAGGGUGUAUUUGUGAAUUGAAAAUGCUUAUAGAUGCUGAUUUGAUGAAAGAUAUGGCUCAAUCUGUUUACUGUAAGAAUAUGGAGUUUCUUGAUCUAUCUGAUAAUGGUUUCUAAUCAAUUGAUAAAGGUUUCAAAUAUCUUUGCUUUAAGGGAAAAGAUGUCAAACUUAACUUAAAAAUAAUAAAUGUCUCUUCAACAUGGAUAUCUGAUAAAGCACUUCAGUCAUUAGCUGUUUCUGAGAACUUCAAUCAACUUGAAAAGAUAAUUCUAAAAGAUUGCAAAAGAAUUACAGAAAGAGGUUUGUCCUAUCUAGUUGACUCUAAGUAAUUAAUGAAUCUAGAUCUCUAGUUUUUAUUUAGCUCAAAUACUUAAUUUCUGAGUGGCAGAGUUAUUGAUACUCUCAAAUACUCAGAUAGAAAAAAGACAAUUAAAGAAAUAAGUUUAUUAGGAUCACAAGCCUAAGAUAAAGAAAUUAAUAACAUUAUGUAAGAAAUAAUAUCUGAAAACUAUCUUAUAAAAACAAUCGAUAUAAGAAAAACAUCUAAUAUUGGUAUAGCUGGUUUAUCAUAUAUUUUUAGUAUGGUAUAGUGGAACAUCGUUAAAGGUUAGAGUGUAAAAUGCCCUUUAUAAGCUCUCAUUGUAGAUAAUAUCAGAUAUUAAGAAUUCAGAGCUAGGUACUGCUAUGAUGAUUACAUGAAAUAAGUAUAAAAUAUCCCUGACUGCAAAGCUAAAGAAGAUGAGUUUUCAAAUAUAUUUGUUGAAGAUUUGAAAAGUGAAUUUGGCUCAAAAUUUUAACCAUUAAAAGGUUAGCUGACUUAUCAAGAGUUUAUUAAAAAAUGUUAAGAUAUUUAUAAUGAACUUAGACAUAAAAUUAGAUUUUGUUCAAAGCCUUAAAAGCUUAAUGAUAUUUUUGUAGGAGAUUUUAUUCAAAAUCUAUUUUUAAGUGCUAACAACCUCAAUAAUUUUAAAUAUGACUUUUUUAUUCGAAAAUUUGCUUUAAGCAUUGAAGACUAAUUUAUUGAUUCACUGACUUUGUGUGAUUAAAAAUUUUCAAUUUUUAAAGAUAUGGAAUCACCAAAUGAUGGUUAAUAAAAUUAAACUGAGUAAAAUAUAAACAAAUUUGCUCUUAUUGGAAAAAAGGCAGGAGGAGAAUAACAAAAUAAUUAAAAUGAUACUCAAAAUAAUACAAUUAACUACCCAUCAUUUAAAGAUUAAUUUGAAUACUUUGAUAUCAAAGGCAAUAAAGUGCUGUGUGAUGUUUCUGUUUGUAGAUUCUUCUUAAGCAGUCAAAUGGUUUCUAAUAUAAAAAUUAUAAACAUAUCAUACACACUGCUCUCAGAGAAAGUGGUACUAGCAAUAUGUGCUUCUCCUUACUUAAGAGAAAGUCUAGAAGCUAUUUAUUUUAAUAGAUGCCCUAAACUCAAGGUCAAAGAUGCCCUUUAAUAUCUCCUAAUGACUAAUUUUAAGAAAUUAAGAUAUAAACCUUUAAUUUCUUAAUACCAUAAUUAUAUUGAUGAUGAAAUAUUAACUUUGAUUUUAACCAAAUUUAGACCAGAAGAGGUAAGAUAUUUGAAUUUAUCUAAUUCUAGAAUUACUUCUAUGGGUCUUGUUUUACUAGAACACAGUCAUUUAAGUGAAUACUUUUAUUUAUUGGAUCUUAAGAGUACUGGUAUUGAAGCAGAAAAAUUAGAUUAAUUUAUGAUAAGCGAAGAAAAUGAAGAAAAAGGUAUGCCUUUCCCUAAAAACUUAAGAUAUAUGUGGUUAGAAAAUACAUAUAACUUAACAGAUGAAGAGCUUUAUAAGCUGAAGUUUUGGAAAUGUUUUAAAUCUAAUAAUUUUGAUUUUAUGGAAAUGGUAUAGUCAAAAGCAAGAAAACUUAAUUUGACUCUUAGGCAUUUGACAAAUAUAGAACUUAGACCACAUAUAUUUAAAAAAUCUUACAUUCAACUAGAUAUUUACACUUAUAUACCUUCAGAUGUUCUUAUAACUCUGAUCAAUGAUUAGUUCUAUAAAGAAGCUGAUUAAUUUUAUGAUUUAAAAUAUAUAAUCCUUGCUUUCAGAAAAUAAUAGUAUUAUGCUUUAUAAAAGUGCUUUGACUGGUAUAAUGCAUCAGACGUAGAAAAAAUAUUAGCAAAAUAUUGUAUAAGAAUAACUAAAAUACCAUCAGAAUAUUAAAACUUACCUAUUAUAAAACUUACGAAUAAAUCAUUAGACUCUGAACAGGCAGAAGUAAGAGAGGCAAUCUAAUUUGAUUUUCAUAAUUACUUAACUACUAUGGACUGUGAUCAUAUUUUAAAAGUAAAUAAAUUUGUUGAGGCUUCAUUAUUACUAAAGUUGGACUUUUAGGGCACAGAUAUAACUGGCCACUUUUUUGCAAUAUUAUGUAAAAGUAUAAAGGGGGAUUAAAAUCGUAUUACUGAAGUAUCCCUGAAAGGACUGAAGACAGUUAGAGAUGAACACAUUAUGUCAAUGAUGUUUGAUGAGUAAGAAAUGGAUUAAAUGCAAAAAAAUAUGAUUGAGAUAUAUCAAAAGCAUAAAUCAAAAAAAUUAGCUGAUUCCAUCAAAAAGAAAGAAGAAAUUAAGAAAGAAAUCUAAGUUUAGAUUAGAAAAAUCUCAAGAUUUAAAAAAUUCCCAUUCUUAGUAAGGCUAAAUAUUUAAAACACUAAAGUUACACAAUUCAGUUUAGUUUAAAUUUUGAAUUUAACACCUUUUAACAUGGGUUUCAGGAUAGAAGAUUUAUUUGAUUAAUAUGCCAAAUCUGAAUAUACAAAGAUUGAUGACCAUACCAUAAAUGCUUUAAGCUAGUCAAAUUAUCUAUAAAAUUUUAAAGUACUAAACCUUGAAAACAUUCUAUGCUCUUCCAAUACUUUAGGAAAAUUGCUAAGGUCUCCAAAAGCAAUAAAUAUUUAGGAAAUGAUACUGAAUACAACAAAUUUAAGUGAAGAUGCUUUUAUAACCUUGGCAAAUUCAACUAACCUUCCUAGAUUGGAGUAAAUUAAAUGCGUAUAAGAUACAAAUCCUGCUAUUAGAAAAUCUUAUCACUAUAUAAUGAGAGCUUAAUAUUUAAGUAUGAAUCUAAAAACAGAUGAAAUUAUGAAAAGUAGGGAUGUAAUGGAUACUUCUUAGUUUAUUUAGGCAAUCAUGAAUUCAUUCUACAUGAAUAAUUUAUCAACAAUAGAAAUUCAUAAUGCAAACUAGUUUAUGCAAUAAAUAAAAUCUCUAUUUAAAAUGUCUCUAUUUACUUAGUAAAUAACUAAAGUGUGUCUUUAGGAUGUAGCUGAUAGUAUUGAAUAUAAGGAUAUUUGGUAAAUGAUUUCUGUUUCAAAAAGCUUCCCUCGUCUACAAAUACUGAACGUUAGAUCUCUUAAAGAAAAAGAGCAUCUCAUUAUUCUAUUAAAUUAAAAAUUUAAACCUCAAUUUGAUAUGGAAUCACUUUUAAAAGAUAAUAAAUCACUGAUAGAUGAUGAUGUUAUUAUUUUUAUAUCCAAGAUGCCUCUUUUGCUUAACUCAAAAGAAAUAGACCUUAGCUCUUUAAACAAAAUUAGUGUCAAAGCUUGGUAGUAGUUUGCUAACAGUAAGUAUGUAAUCAAUUUAAACAAAAUCAAUUUUUCAGAUGGAACUCUGUUAAAUUAUAAAACUGAUAACAAUAUAGCUUUGAGAAAAUAUUACUUUCAUCCUGAAGUAGAAUUUGCAGGCUCAUCAAAGUGCUUUGGUCUUUUUUCAUAAAAUAAUUUUUUCAAUUUAGAGAAAAUAGAUAUAACUAAUAAUAGAGGAUUGCCUAUAGAAGAAAUUAAAUAUAUUCUAAUGUCUAUCAAAAAGAGACAUGUAAGCGUUAAGUUUGAUUUUGAAGAUAUAUUCAUCUAGAUAAUAGAUGAUAUCAGACCCCUUAUGCUUUCACUCACCUAGGAAGAAGAUGAUGAUUAUAGUGAUCAGGAUGAGAUGAAUGAUUAGGAUCAAUAAUAUAAUUUAUAAGAUUAGUUAUGGAAUAAAUAUCUUAAAGAAUUAUAUGAACUCUUUUAAACAUACUUCAUUAAAGAUCGUGAAUGGUACAACAAAAGGCAUAAAACUUUAGAUCUAACCUAUUUCUAGUUUAUGAGACAUUUCAGUUCAUUUUAAGAUAUAUUCAGAUAAAUUUCAGACCUUAGUUGCAUUGAGACUAUCAAAUUUUAUGAAGGAGGAUUUGAUAGCGUGUUUUCUUCAAAUAAUAUGAAAUUUUUGAACUUGAAGAAUGUAAAAAUACUGAAUCUGGAAGGUGACAAAAAAUUGGCUUAGGAUUAUAGUGGCUAUCAAAUGAAAAUGAUCAUGGAAUAAAAGUAUAUUAAACCAUAUUUAUUUAAUAUAAAUGGAUUUUUAGAUAAUUAUUAUAUGAAUGAGAGAAUAUAAUAAUAACUUAUCAAGAAAGAUACAUAUAUUUUGUGCUAAAAAGAACUAAAAAUAUAUUUAUACUUUAUCACUAAAGAAUAAAUCGAAACAAUCUUCAAUAAAGGAGAUAUUCAUUAUGCAGCUACUACAAUAACACUAUUAGAUAAAUUUAGAUUACAAAUUCAUGGAUAAACAGCAGAGGCAUAUGAAGAAGAUGAUUAAAUGGAUUAGUAAGAAUUAUAAAAUCAGUUAAAAGAGAAAUAAGAGUACUUUAUAGAACUUUUGUCUUAAUCUAACAGUUUUAGCCAAAUUACUAAAAUAGAUACUCCUCUUCCUUUAUCACUGAAAUCAAUCAAAUAAUUACUAAAAUCUAAGUGCUUGAGUCAUAGCUUUGAUUUCUAAAAGCAUGUGAUGGAUUUAGAAGUAGACUAAGAAUAUUUUGACUUAUUUGUUUCAUCAAAGUACUUCAAAAGUCAAACAAAAAUAAUAAUUCCUAGGCUAAUUCAAUAGUAAAAAUAAGAAAACCAGAAUGCUAAAUAAAAUGCAAAAGAUAAUAAUUAGACUUCUUAAAAUACCUGGCUGGAUAUUUAAAAACUAGAUUUAAAUUGUCUUGAAAGACUAAACUCUAUAGUCGUUUUAGAACCAAUAAAAGACAAAGACUUCCUCACAAAAUUAUUUUCUAUUGAAAAUGUUAAAUUUAAUAGAGAUUUUACAUGCGAUAAGUUUUAAAUUAAAGAAAUAGAUUAAAAUUAAUUCAAACAUAUUUUUGAGCAAGAUUGGCCUGGAAUGGAUUGGCAAAUUUUAUUAGAUCUACUAGAGAAAAACAAAGCUUCGAUAGAUGGAGAAGUCUAUGAAAAACUUCUUUUAAAUAAAUCAGCUCACUUUUUUAUAACUUAAAUUAUUAUACCAGAAACCUUAACUGAAGAGAAAGCUGGAGAUUUAAUUUCCAGCAUUAAUAAGAGUUGUAGAAAAACUCAAUAGAAGCUGCAUAUAAAUAAGCUGGUUAUAAGGUAAUUUCCUCAAUCAAAUUAAGUGGAAGCUUAAGAUGAGACUCAUAAAAAUGACUAAGCAAGCGAAAUCAAACAAUUCCUUUCAUCUGUAACUAAUUUGAAAUAUAUUGAAUUCUCCAGUAAAGUUAAAUUUGGUAUGAAUGAAGCUAUGGUCCUGAUAAAUAACACUCGUAAUACAGAUUUAUCUGAGGUAGUUAUCUCUUGGGUUAUACCUAAACUUUCUAAAUAGGAUCUAGAAAAAUUUUUAGUAUGCCUAAUGAAUGAUAGAGAAAUUCCAUAUAACUUAAGCUAUAUUAGUUUCAAGUAAAAUCCACAUUUCUACAGUCAUAAAGCAUUAGAACAGCAAAUAAAUGAACUUAGAUCUAAUAAAAAAGCAAAAAAAACUGAAAAUAAAGAAGGAUAAGAAUAAUAAUUAGAAGAAGAAGAAGAUGAUAAAAAAGAAAUAGAAGAUAAAAAUGAAGAUAAAGAAGAAAAAUAAGAUGAUGGCGAGGGACCUAAGGAUGAAGGAGAAGCGCAUGAAUCAAAUAAUCAAAGUUAGAAUAAUAUAGAAGAAAAUAAUUAGGAAAAUGUGGAGGGUUAAGAGUAAGAUUAAGACAACAAGUAAGUUUUGAAGGAAAUAGAUUCCCUUCUUAAAAAUUCUAUUACAGAAGAUUAUUUAGUUGAGUUCCUGCAAAAUUUCAAAGGUUUACGUGAAAUUGAUUUUUAAGGAACUAAUUUUGAUAUCCAUCACUUAAAGAGCCUUAAAACUCUGCCUCUUAUUAAGAAAUUCCAUUUUAUUAAUUUUAAAGAUUGUAAAUCUUUUACUGAUGGUAUUCCUUUUAUCUGGCUAAUACACGAUGAUUCAAAACCUUGGUUUUAAUUUUAGAAAUAUCUAUCAAAUUUACCUAUAGAACAAAUAACAAAUUAAAGAUAAAUGUUAAAAGCUAUUUUUAAUUGCAAAUUUUUCAAAAGGCAUUUGAAAUAUUUUGAUGUAGAUUUUAUCCUUAAGAGGUAUUAAGAAACAAGUAAGGAUUUAGUUGAUUUAUUCUCAUAUAUUAUUAAGAUGAGAGUUCCUAAUUUGGAUAUAACUUCUUUUAUGUAAUGCUUACCUUAAUAUAUGAAAGUAUUCGUUAAUGAUAAUCACAUAGAAUAAAUUUGUAAAGUUUAUGGUAAUUUAUUAUACCUUUAACCAGAGUUGUUCCCAAGCGUUGAAUAUGGUUUCAAUUACAUUCUAUAAUAAAAGAAUAUUCCCACAGCUAUAAGAUUAAUGUACCUUUUAAAUAAUACGUUUUAAAAGAAAGUUAGUGCAGCUUCUCUUUCUAUAAUUUAUUAAGUUGCCAUUAAAAGCGAAGAACUCAAAGAAAAGAAAUACAUUUUAGAAAAUGAUGAAUAGUUAGAAAAAUUUUUUGUUCAGUACAUUAAAAAAUUAAGCUUAAAAAAGUCAAGACUUUUGAAAAAGAUAUAAAAAUCUAAAAAGGUUUUUGAUAAUCAAUAAGAUAAAAAAAAUAUGAAAAUACUCUAGGCUUUAGGAAAAAAGAAAAACAUAAAAAGAAAAACUACUACAAAAUCAAAAACAAUUUUAGAUACCUCAAGUAAAAACUUAGAUAAAAUUAACAGUCAAAAAAAUUAAAACUCCUAGAUGUAAAGGGGUUAAAACGAUGAUGAAGAAGAAGAAUUUAUUAAAAUUGUUUAGCAAAACAUAAAGAGUAAUUUGUAAGAUGAAGAAAUAGAAAAUUUAAGAUUAGAAAAUGGAGAUGAUGAAAGACAAGAAUAUGAAUAGUUGAAUCAAAAUGAAGAUGAUUAAAACUAAGAUAAUGAAAAUGAAAAAGAAGAAGAAAACGAAGAUGGAGAGGAAGAAGGAGAAGGAGAAAAUAAUGAUGAAGAUGAUCUUAAUGAUAACGAAAAUUAAGAUGGUAACGAAGAAAAUAAUGACGAUAAUGAUAAUAAUAAUGAUGAAGAUAAAGAUAAUGAUGGAUUUAAGAUAUAAAAAAGCUAUUUGAAAGAUAAAAAUACUCAGUAAAAAGGCUCUUCAAGGCUUAACAGUCUGAGAAAUAGUAGAGUUUAGAGUAAAAACAGCUUAAGGAACUAAGAUAAUGAGUAGGUUAAUGAAGACAGCGAGUAAAAAUAAUUAAAUGAUGAAAGUGAAAGGGUUUAGGAAUUAUUAAAUAAAGAAAGAAAAGAAUCUUUACCUCAAACUGAUAUGGAAACUUUUUAUAAAACACCUAAUAUGGAGAAAUAAAAAAGUAGAUUUGAUACUACUUCUUCAAACAAGAAAAUAAAAUAUAAUUUUGAAGGAAAAAUAUAAGCUUACAAAAAUGCAGUAAAAAAUAAUCUUGUGAGAGUUUAUGAAAAUUAGACAGCUUUGAGGCUGCAUAGAUAAUUAAUAAAUCUCCACUUACUCAGUGAGGGACUCAAAAGCUAAAUACAAAAAAGUUAAAUAUAUGAAAGAAAAUUAAAAGAUGUUGAAAAUAAAUUAGAUUAUUUAGAGUUCGAGUUAGAAAUUUUAAGAUAUAAUAAAAAUAAUUUCUUUGCUUUAGAAGUUAAUAAUUUAUUCAACUUUUUUGAGGUCCUCAAUCUAGGAUAAAACAAUCACUUGAAUAUCUAUGGUUUAAAUUAUUACGUUGCAGAACACAUUCUUCCUUGGAUUAAAAUGAACUAAAAUUUAAACGAAAUGAAAGAUGGGCAAUAAAGAAAAUAAAAGAUAUUAAAUUAUCUAAAAAAUAAAGAUGAUUCAAAUUAAGAUGAUUUUGAGGCAGUAAACGUUUUAAAUCCAGAUCAUUCACUGGAUGAUAAAUUAAUUGAAUAACUGAGUUACCUUAUUGAAAAAAGACUAAAGUAACUUAGAUAAAUUGAUUUGUGUGGCUUGAAUGUUAGUGAUGACUUUGCUGAAAAAUUCAGUUUAUUGCUAAGUGACGAUGGUAAAUUAAAAUACUUAACCUUGUUAGAUCUUACUAAUAAUCGUCGUAUUUCUCCUUUUGGACUUAAGUUCUUAUUUUCUAGUAUUGUAAAUCGUAUUCCUUAAGGUUUCAGAAUUUUGCUAAGUUCAACAAGUAAUGACUCUGAAGAUCUUCGUAUAUAGAUAGAACUUUUAGAGAAAAGUAUUUUAAAAGAAGCUGUUUAUAUAAUUGAAUAGCAGAAAAAAGAAGUAAUGAGAUUCAUAAGUAAGAAUAAAAAGAAACUUUCCAAGCCUGUCCCUUAAGAGCUUAUAAAAAGACCUUCUAUUGAUAUUGACAUGCAAAACGAUAACAAGCAUGAAAAAUUAAAUAUGGAAAUAAAAGAUUUAAAUGUGCCUGUUAUUUCUGAUAUUUUUUCAGAUGAAAAUGAAAAAAAGGAAGAAGAAAUCAUUGACAAAGAAGUUCAAAUUAACGAUUAUGAUAGCAUUGACUCAGAAGAAGAAAGAAAGGAUAGAUUGAAAAAAGGCGAAUUGUAAUUUUUCUUCUUAAAGGAGAGAACAUUAGAUGCUAAAAUAGUAAAAAAAUUAGAAAAAUCGAAAAAUUUCAAGUAAAAAAUUGAGAGGCUUAGGAACUUUUAACUUGCAUAUACAAAGGCUAUUCAAGAGAGUAGAAAUAAAGAUAUUGUAAGUGAUAAUACUGAUGUUAGAUUAAUUGUACAAAAUAUAGUAAAUCUUGGUCUAUUUUAAUCUAUCAAUAUUUUUGUCAGGGACAAUUGGAAAAGACAUAAACUCUUCAUUAUUUUUAUCUCCACUUUAUUUUUCCCAUUUACAAUUUUCCAUUUGAUGAUGGUUUCAACUUAUGGAAUUUUCCUGUUUAUUUAAAAAAAUAAAAUCAGUUUUAGAUGUAGUUUUGGUAGAUCUGCUAAAAACCAAAUAAAAAUAGAACUUGAUAAGCUUGUACCAGAAAAUAUCCAAAGCACAGAUUUCUUUUUUGAUGAGGAUGUAGCUUAAGUGGAUAUACUUUUAUCACGUAGCAAUACAAAAAAAAUGCCUAAUGAUAUUGCAAGAAGAAACGGGAGACUAAUUUGUGAGUAUUUAAAUAACCCUAGUAAGCAUAGUUUCCAAGCAACUUAUGACAGAAUUAAUGAUAAUUAAAACCAUGAAAUAAAUAUGCUCAAAUACUUUGACUUUAUCAUCAUAUUUAAUUUCUUAAUAUUUACAGUUUUUAUUUGCAUCCUUUACACUUACUAUUUGAUUUUCUAUUACAUUCCAAAUCACGUAUCAUAAAAAACUUGUGGAAGUAUUCCGGUCUUAUAUGAUGUACCAUUUUUUGCAGUAGGUCUUUUUAUUGUUGCAUACGAAGCAACUCUAUUGUAUAAUAUCGAAAAAGUUAUUGUCUCUAAAAACAUUUUCUAAUUUAAAAGCUUAUUUGUGUUAUUCUAGCUUUACAACUCUUUUAUGCAAAGAUAUAAUUUGUAUACUGAUAUGAUAUUCGCAUUUAACACCAUAUACUGCAAGAAAGCUACUGAUCUAGGUUUUGCAAGUAUUAGUGUAUUAGGAACCCACUUAGUUUUACAGACAUUUUAUUUAUUUAGCGCAAUUUUUAGUAUUUAUGAAGCGAAAUAAAAGAUAAAAAAAAAAAUUCCUGUUCAUAAUACAACAUUUAUAAACAUCUACACUAAAAUUGCUUUAAUCUAAGAUUUUAGUGGACUGAGUAUAGUUUUAGAUAGGUUUUCGACUUCUUCCACUAUUGCAUUAGAAGGAAUUUUAAUUCCAAAACAGCUUGAAAAUGUUAAAGUACCAUAAAUCUUGCUUACAAAAUUCUAAAAAGUCUUUUUAGAAGAUAUUCCUUAAAUGAUUAUAGUCCUUAUAUUUAAUUUAAGAUUUGCACAAACUACAAAUUUAUUAGAUUGGUAAAACCUAAGAGUAUUAGUUACUACAGUUUUGAGUAUGUAUAAUUCUCUUAACUCAGCUUGGUAAGCUCAUCCUAGUAUUUUUAGGACAUAUCAAAUGCAAGAUUAUAUUAAUUUUAGGUAAGACAUUUCAGAAGUUUACAAAAUUAAGAUAAGUCAAAAUGAUUAAGAUACAUUUAACUACUUAUCAAUACCUAAAGUGAUAAGUAAAACUUUAUACUUUAAUUAAAAGUAUAAAAUAAAAAAAGACUUAAAGAAAGAAGGUUCUAGUAGCCAAAAAUCCAGAAAAAAAGAAUAGAAAGAUAGAGAUGCUUAAAGUUCCAAAGGGCCUAAUAGCUAGAUAGGUAGUUAAAAUGCUCUAUCAGAUAAUAAAAGCGUUGCGUAAUCAUAAAAAAGCAUUUAGGCAUCUGAACAAAGUAUAAAAUCAAAAGUUUCAUCUAAAGGCUAGUAACAAACUAAAAAAAGCAGUAAAUCUAAUGAUAAAUCUUAAAAAGAACUACCAGAGUCUGAAUUUAAAUAAAAAUUAAUUCAAUUUUUACUUGAGAAAGAAUAAUAGAAUUGA